UUUGACACACGGUAUUUUUUUUAAAGGACCGGAAGUAGUAGUUUUGCGCCGCUCUCUGUCCCUGUGUUCUCCCUGUCUGGACAAGUGCGGUUUGAAUGAUGCAACAGAUGUCAGACUAAGAGACGUGCACAGGAAGCAGUACAUGGUGUUGCUGAGGGACGGUCAUGAAUUUCAACGAGAGGCUGGUAAUGCUUGUGCCAGAAUAAUGACUGAAGGGCUGAAUAUGAUGCAGCCAGUCAUCAAAGCAAAAGAAAUGCCGCAUUUGAAGAUAAUGGAAGUAGACUAUAAAUAUAUCCUGAUUUUCACCUCAGCUUUUACACCAUGACUUUUGAACUUUUAUUUAAAGUAUAUUUCCUAAGAAUUGCAAUAUAUGGAAAAUGUGAAAACUGUUAAAGGAUUGAUUAUAACUGAGCUCAUUCUGUGCUGCAAGACAUUACAGAAAUAUAUCUCUACCCACCUUUAAACAUGUUCAGAGUGGCUACUUUUUCAUUAUGUCUUUUUUACAAAAGACAACAAAUCUGCUUGUCUUUCACCCGGUCUUUCACAAAGAAGAGUUAUGGAUACAGACUGCUAAGCUCUAAAGGUACUGAAACUGAAAAUGCAUGCACUAUAGACUCUCUUGGUAAUUUAGAAGUGAAUAUUAGUAAAGUUCGGCAAUUGAAGAGAUGGGUAUUGGUAAAUCAAGUGGCCUAUGUGAAUGAAACAGCUGAGUUUUUAAGAGAAAUGGGUGCUGAUAAAACACAAAUAGCUUCCAUACUUGAACGAUAUCCAGAAGCUGUUCUUUGUACUCCUACUGAUGUCCAGUUGCAAAGGGAGAUAUGGCAGUUGGUAUGUUCUAACAAGAAGGAACUGUUGAUGAUUAUUGAGAAAUUCCCAUCUUCCUUCUUCACUAUUGGACACUCUAACAACUUGAAAGCCAACAUUGAGUAUUUUAAAGAGCUUGGCUUAAACAAGAAGUUAAUCAGUAAAGUGAUAGCAAGUGCACCACAGAAUUUUAGCCAUCCUGUAGAAAAGAACAAAGAGAUGAUUUGCACGUUAACAGACAGUUAUAUGAAACUUGGUGGACUUAGGACCAAUAUGAGGCCUUGGUUGCAAAAACUUUUGAGCUUAGACCCUUUUAUUUUAAUUAAGGAUCCUAGUAUAAUUAAGGAGAACUUAAUAUUCCUUCACGUGACAGGGUUUACCAGCACAGAGAUCUUUGGACUGCUGACUAAACUAAAGGGAUUUAUCUCUGCGCUUUCUGUAAGCAGUAUGGCUGAGAAUUUGGCAUAUACUAAGAAAUCUUUAAAUUGCAAUGAUCAAACAAUAAAAGACAUUAUCCUCAAAUGCCCAGCUAUUUUGUCCCUGCCAAUUCCUGUAUUAAUGGAACGCUUGCAGGGACUUUUAAACAGCGGCAUAACUUUGGGUCAAAUAAAACAAACCCCAGCAAUUUUGGAGCUAACUUCACAGAUUGUACAAUUUCGAAUUCAGAAGUUGGUAUCUUCAGGCUAUGAUAUUAAAAAGGAAGGGCUUGGGCCUUUAACUGGGACAAAAAAAGAUUUUGAGAUAAGUUCAGGAAAAAUACAACUUAAAAAAGAGCGUCCAAUUUUUAAUCCGGUUGCUCCAUUGAAAAUUGAUAGGUAGUUAAGAGUUUGAAACAAUGAAAAAAUUGUGUCAGUGGCUCCUGAGGCAAUUCUUUAUCUGAAAAGUUUCCCUAAGACUCUGAACUGGAUACUGUUAUGUGAAUUAGGAAAUGGGUGGAUGGAAAAAUAGAGCUGCAGUACACCAUUUUAUUAAAGACAGCUGUAUGAAAAAAUAGAAUUUUAUUAUAGUCAUAUAGUCAUUUAAUGGAAUCAUUCACAAAAGUUGAUUGUUUCAUCCACUUUCAGUACACAGUUUUCCUACAGUGGUUCAUGGGAAGCAGAAUCAUUUCCUGACCGACAUGGUGAUGGGCCUGUCACAGAUGUGGUGUUUUUUUUUUUGCAUAUCUGAAUUGGAACAACUUGUAGUUCUCAACCAGCCAAACCAAAUCUUUGUACUGUGGGGGGAAGAAAUUGAAUCAUUGGACCUGAAAGAGAAACAACCACUCUGACAACAUGCAGACUCUGCACAGAAGGAAACACAGUCACUAUUUUAGUAAUGCUAUCUACACUAAUCUGCAAGAUUUAUCAAAGUAAGUAUUUUCCUGAAUCCUAAUGCAGAGAUGGGAAAUGGGAGUUUAUUUAGUCUUUAAAGGUGAUGCCAACACAUUUCUAAAAUUUGUGUUAAUGUUUUAACAUGUUAUCUGAAUAUCCAUACAUAGGCUAAAUUUAACUAAGAGAGCAAAGCUAUUUGUUGUUAUAGGUCUAGGAUAUAGUGAAAUAGAAUAGUAAAAAUAGUUUGAUAAGCCUACUUCUGGAAAAGUACACCAUCUUGUAGUCUGUGUUAUUGUGAGCUGCUUUGUAAAGUGCUUUUUGAUUGUUUGAAGUGAGAAAAUUGCAGUGCAAAAUGAGGAUUGAUUAGAUAGUUUAUUACAUAUUGGCAAAUUAGUAUUCUUCAAAAAAAAAAUAAAAACACCCUAGUUGAAAUUCAGAAAAGCUUCUAUAACUGGCACCACCCAAGUGUCAUUGUUAAGAACUGUACUUUAUCAUAAACUGCAAUUUAAAUACUUUUAAAUAUGCACUUUGAAUCCAGGAAUGAUUAAUCAAGGACAAAAGUUUCAGCUUAGCAACUUUCAUCUCUGUGUGACCAGAUGGUGAUCAUACAGGUCACCAUUUAUCAUCUGGCCUACUCUAGUAGAUAGGAGGGGUAAGAGGUCAGCAAGCAAGAAAUCCUAAAACUAUGCCUGCCAAA